UUGUGUUGGGCGCAGCGCUGCUAUUGCGCUAGCUUGUCCUGAGCUUGCUCAGCAGCCUCAGCUUGCUUGCAGAGAUUUCUAGUGUCUUACCACCGCUAGCAAAGCGCUCUCCGACCUUUUUGACCACGUAGGCGUAUACGAGUGAUAAAGCAUCGUCCAACGCUGCGCGCAUUCACUCCUCGCUACUGCGGCUGCAUACAGCGCGCACACCACUGAGGCUGCAUAUAUCACAUCACUCACUCCUCACUACUCGGCUGCAGACAGCACACCAUGCUGCGAGCACUCCUACUCAUCGGCUGCUGUGCAGCUCUUGCGCCCGUCAAGCUGCCCGACGGCUUCAAAGCACCCACGCCCAAACCGCUGCAAAUCGGUGAUAGCGAGAUACCGGACCUGCUGAGUGGUGCUGCCGCAUUAGCCGUGCGCUUGGCGACGGGCACCUUCGUCCUCGGCUGGCGGCCGUGCUUUGCCGAGGUCGGCGGCGUCAAACUCUUCGGAAGCGAGCCCGGCGCCGGCGAGUAUGCAUUAUCGUUCGGACCCGUCCGGUUUCGCGACGACAGCUCGGUCCUGCCCGCGGCGCGACCCUCAAAACCCAUAGUAGUCUACGAGUACGAGAGCUCGCCCUUCUGCCGGAAGGUCCGGGAGAUGUGCUGUCUGCUGGAUUUGGAAGUUGAGUACCGGCCCGUGCCCGGGGCGCGGGGCGGCGCCUUCGCGAAGGAGUUGUUUGCGGGAGGGAAAACGAUGGUACCAUACAUGGUCCGGCUCCGGCGUCCGUCCCGAGCGUCGCGCCGAUGGCGUAGAUCAGUGCCCGCGCAGGUCGACGAAAACGCCGACGUGGCCAUGUACGAGAGCGACGACAUCUGCCAAUAUCUCCGCGAGACCUACGGCCCGGCACAGGACGCCUACGAUCCCAAGGCCCUGUGGCCGCUGACCUUCGGCCCGUUCCAACUCAUCACGUCGACGCUCGCGGCCAUCGUCCGGGGCCUCCCCGGCGGCCAGCGGCGGCCUGAUGCGCGUUCCGAUAACGAAGAGCGCAAGCCGCUCGAGCUCUGGGGCUACGAGACGUCGCCCUUCGUGCGACCCGUGCGCGAGACUCUCGUCGAGCUGACGCUGCCGCACGUGAUGGUGCCGUGCUGUGUAGAAAUCAAAUUGUCGCGACGCCUGCUCGAUGGCGUGGCAGCACUCGACGCACUGGUUGAUUUCCACACAGGUGCCGUGCGCGCGCGGCAGUCCGAACCGGGACCGCAUGAUGAAAGAAAUGGGCCGUUUCCAGGUCCCGUUCCUCCGGGACCCGAACACGGGCGCCGAGCUUUAUGAAAGCGCGGCGAUCGUCGCGUACCUCAACGACGUCUACACAGAAUAAGUACAGAUAUA